AUGGCGACCCCGUCGUCGUCUCCGGGGCGUCGUGAUCCCGCUCGAUCGCGCGAGGGGCGCGCGCGGGCCCGCGCGCGCUCGAGGGCGACGCAUCGGAGACGCGCGCGCGACGAUUCGUUCCAAAACGUCAUCGCGCUCGCUCUCGGCGCCGCGCUCGCGCUCAAUCCGACGUUUCCGGACGACGCGCGCGCGGAGUUCUACAUCGAGGAUGUUCCGAGCGCGUUGCGCUCGAGCGAGGGGGCGUCGAGCUCGCGCGGAGAGGGCGUGAAGUCGCUGAGCGCGUUGACGGGCGGCGCGAAGAAGAAAGAGGUCACCUCGUGCGUGAGUAAGUGCGUGGUCACGUGCGCGCGCGGGAGCGGUAUGAGUGGUCCGGGUUUGGGACCCGCGUCGUUGCGUCGAGAUCCGGUGGUGUUCAAGGAGGGGUUUCGAAGUCGCGAGUAUUGUUUGAGGGAGUGCUCCGAGGUGUGCUCCAGAGCGAUAAACGGAGACGGCGCGCGCGCGAAGUGA